AUGCUCAUGGAGGGCAUUGAAGCUAUUGCAGAGUCGGCCCAGGCCGCAAAGGCCGAGGCGCACUCCCCGACAGAAGGCGUAGAAGGACCGGAGAUGAAGCAGGAGUCGCCCACCGCCGUGGCCGACCUUGGCGAAACCCCCCAAUUCCCACUGAAGCGACCCCGCGAUCCGAGCCCGGACGACCCCGAUGCCGAGUCCAAGAGAUUAAAGGUCGACGAGGAGGCCCCGUCACUCGACCUCGGCUUCGAUAUGGACGCCAUGAUCCAGGGCGUCAUGAUGGACAUCAGUAACGAAAUGGGCAAGGUCGACGGCCUAGACGCCGUCACGGACGUGGACAUGACGGCGGAGGCUUUGGCCUCCGUGUCGCAAGACUCCAGCCACUCCGCCGAGCCGCACGCCGUUGUUCUCUCGGAGCCGCUGGCCUUGAUGAGGCGCAUAACCACCUCAUGUUUGUCAAACUUUGCUAUGCAGCUUCUGGUCAUCAUGUCGCAACAUGUUUACGACGACGUGUACCGCCAGUUGCAAGACAAGGACACGGACAUUUACAAGUCCUACAGCACUCUCAAGACGCUGUUUUGCAAAACACGAUCCAUGUACUCGACGACCGACCUUAUCCUAGACCCCGCCGUCCUCGAUCUGACGGCCCCAGACAACCUGACCGAUAUUCAAGUCGCCAACCUCGCAAGUUUCUGCUGCGAACUCUUCACGUUUGACGGCAACCACGAGCUGGCCUCGCAGCAGCUUCUCGCGCUCAGAGAUCACUUUUUCUCCAUCUUUCUGUCCGGUGGCGAGAGCAUCUCGCACGAGAUCUCGGAGUUGUUUGUCGCAGUCAAGACACAGUUGGUCAUCGAGUCUGUGACAACAGCAGACCAGUCAGCGCCGGUUGACCAGCUGAUUGCCGAGGCCUUCUUCUCGGACCUCGAGGACAAGCUGCGCGCGAGACAUGAUGGGACUGAACUUACCCCGGAGGAGAGAGCACUAGUCACGACCGUGGAGGAGCGCAAAUCGGGCCUGAUUGCUUAUGCCUCAGGCCUUCCAGAUACCGUGCUGUUGAAGAUUGGCUACCCGGAGGAAGAUCUCUUUCGCCUGUUGAACGCGCACCUUCGACAAAAGCUGCAGUCCUUUUCUGGACUCGCGUCAAGGCACGGCAUUGACCUGCCACCCAUCAUGACGAACGGGGACUUGGACACUUCGAUGCCUCCCGAUCUGGACGACCUGGGUAUAUCAUCCCUAUUGGAGGCCACGGAUGGCCUGGUUGCGCAGUAUCUUCCGAGCGAUCCCGUCGAGAGCCUGCCCUCGGAACAGCCGCCAGUCCCGACCACCGAGACCAGCUUGCCCCCUGCAGAGCCCACCACGACCGCCGCCCCCGAAUCGACACCCUCCGCCGCGCCAGCUACGAACGGGACCACGAACGAAACCCAAGACACAAACGACAUUCUCGCCCUCGUCGCCCAGAGCACGCAGGAAUAUGUACGCACUACUCUCAACAACCUCUCGCCGGCGCCGUAUCAACCGACCGUGCCCACGCCGACAGGGGCUGCUCCAGUCACACAGACGACAUAUCUGUCACACCUACAGCAGACUCAGCAACAGUCUCCAUACUACGGAUACCCUCCGCCAGUCGAGCAACCGCCGCCGCCUGCGUCACAUGACAGCAACGAGAAGUUGCCGCCCAGCCAAAGUUUGCCCAGUGCCGUAUUGUACGACCGAGCUCGCCAAGCGGCAUUGAGCAAGACCAACAACCAACAGAGACGGGAGGGUACUACUUCAACAAGACGACCUUGGACGCAAGAGGAAGAGAAGGCGCUGAUGACUGGGCUGGAUAUGGUGCAGGGACCGCAUUGGAGCCAGAUCUUGUCGCUAUUUGGCGCCGAAGGCACGCUUUCCAACAUACUCAAGGACCGGACCCAAGUGCAACUGAAAGACAAGGCGCGGAACCUGAAACUGUUCUUCCUGAAGACGAACUCGGAGAUGCCUUAUUACCUGCAGGCUGUGACUGGCGAACUCAAGACGCGAGCGCCGACGCAAGCAGCUCGUAAGGAAGCUGAAGAGCGAGCACGCAUGAACUCGGAGGAGGAGCAGGCUCGUGUGCAGGGAAUCAUGACUCUUGCCGGCGGUCUCCAACACCCGCAGCAGAGCCGCCCGAGUGUGGUGCCGCCGACGGCACCCAGCACGCCGUUGCAGUCCGCUGCCCAGAUGUCGCAUCACAUGGCGGCCCACGCCACGACGCCGACGCACGCUGCUGCGCCGGGACCGCCGGGGACACCGGUCGCGGCCACGCCUACCCACGCCCGGGUUCCGCAUGCCUCUUCGCCGUACGCCGCAACGGCUGCUCAGCUAUCCCAGACCCCACACCACGCCCUCUCACAAGCACAAUCCCAGCCGCAGACGCCGACGCACUCUCACAUCCACCAGCAUCACUCACACCCGGGAACGCCACAACCGCAACAGCAUCAGCACCAGAAUCAGCAUCAACAUCAGCAUCAACAUCAACACCAGCAGCCACCCCAGCAACCCCAGCCCGAGCAUGUACAGCCGCAGGUCUCUCAGGCUGCCGAGCCUGCGCCGCAGUACUCGACCGACUCGUCUGCGCCGGUGUACAGUCAAGAGAACGAAGAUCUGAAGGAGGCGGCGCUUAUGCAGAGUUUGCGCGAGCUCGAGGCAUACAGCGGCGGCAGUGCUAGCUUGUCAUAG